AUGAAUGAAACUGGAACAGGUGGGUAUAACGCCCUGAGUUCUAAAGCAAUAUGACGAAACUCAACAACAAACCGCAAAUAGCAGCAACACCUGAAUAGUUCAAUCCAAAGGUUGCAGCUCCCAGGUUAUCACGACGUUCAACUUCAUUUACUUCUGGUAAGCUCAGGGUGCUGAACGCUUGAGCGUAUUGGUCUCUCAAUCCCAACUCCAGUCUGACAUCGCUGUAAAUGUCUUCAAGGGCAUCAAUAGCAACAGUGGCAAUAUCCUCGGCAAUUUUAACGAGGAGGAGUUGGUCCCUAGUUGUAGUCAAUGGACAAUAAGUUGUGUAUUCCGUUUCGGAAUCCCAACUGGUCACAGUGACAACUGUAACACCGGUGCUGACAGUAUUGGUAUGGCAUGCGUCUUCGUGGCACGAGGUGAUUGUAACAACAGUAGUAGUCUUGGCAACUUCGGUGGUGGUCUUGGUAAUAAUCACUUCAUCAGAUCCAGUUGAGCUUGGUACAGUUGAUAGCUCGCUAGUUGUAAGAAUUGGAAUCGAGGAGCGCCGGCUCGAACUGAUCAAAGACGAUGAAGGAGUGUAUGGUAGUGAUGAAGAAGUGAUUGGUUCUGAUGAACUAGAUGGUAAAGAGCUUGAUGACGAGGAGUAUCCCAGUAAGAUAGACGACGAACUAGAUGGCUCUUCUGGUGUGCUUGAGCUUGCAACACUAGAUGACCAAGGUGCAGAUGAGCUUGAGCUAGGAGCCACAGACGAAGGAGAAGACGACGUUGAUGAGUUUGAGGAUUCAACUGAAGAUGACGACGACGACGAUGGUGAUGGGGCGGACCAGCUUGAGGACUCAACUGAAGAUGAUGAGGAUAGUUCAGCGCUGGAUGAUGGUGAAGCGCUGGAUGAUGGUGAAGCGCUUGAUGAAGAUGGCUCAGCGCUGGAUGAUGGUGCAGCCGAAGAUGAUGGUGAAGCGCUUGAUGAAGAUGGCUCAGCGCUGGAUGAUGGUGCAGCCGAAGAUGAUGGUGAAGCGCUUGAUGAAGAUGGCUCAGCGCUGGAUGAUGGUGCAGCCGAAGAUGAUAGUGAAGCGCUUGAUGAAGAUGGCUCAGCGCUGGAUGAUGGUGCAGCCGAAGAUGAUGGUGAAGCGCUUGAUGAAGAUGGCUCAGCGCUGGAUGAUGCAGGGGUCAAGGAUGAGGAUGGUUCAGCAGAUGACGACGGCUCAACACUUGACGAUGGCUCAGCAGAUGAAAAUGGCUCAACGCUGGAUGAUGGUGCAGCCGAAGAUGAUGGUGAAACGCUGGAUGAUGGUGCAGCCGAAGAUGAUGGUGAAACGCUGGAUGAUGGUGCAGCCGAAGAUGAUGGCUCAACGCUUGAUGACGAUGGCUCGACACUUGAUGAUGAUGGCUCAGCAGAUGAGGAUGGCUCAACGCUGGAUGAUGCAGGUGUCAAGGAUGAGGAUGCCUCAGCCGAAGAUGAUGGUUCGGCAGAUGACGAUGGUUCGGCAGAUGACGAUGGUUCGGCAGAUGAGGAUGGCUCAACACUUGACGAUGGCUCAGCUGACGAUGCGGAUGGUUCAGCAGAUGAAGAUAGCUCAACACUUGACGAUGGCUCAGCAGAUGAGGAUGGCUCAACACUUGACGAUGGCUCAACACUUGACGAUGGCUCAACACUUGACGAUGGCUCAGCUGACGAUGCGGAUGGUUCAGCAGAUGAAGAUAGCUCAACACUUGACGAUGGCUCAGCAGAUGAGGAUGGCUCAACACUUGACGAUGGCUCAACACUUGACGAUGGCUCAGCAGAUGAGGAUGGCUCAACACUUGACGAUGGCUCAACACUUGACGAUGGCUCAACACUUGACGAUGGCUCAGCUGACGAUGAGGAUGGUUCAGCGCUUGACGAUGGCUCAGCAGAUGAGGAUGGCUCAGCAGAUGAAGAUGGCUCAAAGCUUGAAGAUAGCUCAACACUUGACGAUGCCUCAGCCGAAGAUGAUGGUUCGGCAGAUGACGAUGGCUCAGCUGACGAUGAGGAUGGUUCAGCGCUUGACGAUGGCUCAGCAGAUGAGGAUGGCUCAGCAGAUGAGGAUGGCUCAACGCUUGACGAUGGCUCAACACUUGACGAUGGCUCAGCAGAUGAAGAUGGCUCAGCAGAUGAAGAUGGCUCAAAGCUUGAAGAUAGCUCAACACUUGACGAUGCCUCAGCCGAAGAUGAUGGUUCGGCAGAUGACGAUGGCUCAGCUGACGAUGAGGAUGGUUCAGCGCUUGACGAUGGCUCAGCAGAUGAGGAUGGCUCAACGCUUGACGAUGGCUCAACACUUGACGAUGGCUCAACACUUGACGAUGGCUCAGCUGACGAUGAGGAUGGUUCAGCGCUUGACGAUGGCUCAGCAGAUGAGGAUGGCUCAGCAGAUGAGGAUGGCUCAACGCUUGACGAUGGCUCAACACUUGACGAUGGCUCAGCAGAUGAAGAUGGCUCAGCAGAUGAAGAUGGCUCAAAGCUUGAAGAUAGCUCAACACUUGACGAUGCCUCAGCCGAAGAUGAUGGUUCGGCAGAUGACGAUGGCUCAGCUGACGAUGAGGAUGGUUCAGCGCUUGACGAUGGCUCAGCAGAUGAGGAUGGCUCAGCAGAUGAGGAUGGCUCAACGCUUGACGAUGGCUCAACACUUGACGAUGGCUCAGCAGAUGAAGAUGGCUCAGCAGAUGAAGAUGGCUCAAAGCUUGAAGAUAGCUCAACACUUGACGAUGCCUCAGCCGAAGAUGAUGGUUCGGCAGAUGACGAUGGCUCAGCUGACGAUGAGGAUGGUUCAGCGCUUGACGAUGGCUCAGCAGAUGAGGAUGGCUCAACGCUUGACGAUGGCUCAGCUGACGAUGAGGAUGGUUCAGCGCUGGAUGUCACGGCUGAAGCAGACGAUGAUGGCUCAGCACUGGAUGACUCGGCAGAUGAGGAUGGCUCGACGCUAGAUGAGGGCUCAACGCUUGAUGACGAUGGCUCGACACUUGAUGAUGAUGGCUCAGCAGAUGAGGAUGGCUCAACACUUGACGAUGGCUCAACACUUGACGAUGGCUCAACACUUGACGAUGGCUCAACACUUGACGAUGGCUCAGCAGAUGAGGAUGGCUCAACACUUGACGAUGGCUCAACACUUGACGAUGGCUCAAAGCUUGAAGAUAGCUCAACACUUGACGAUGCCUCAGCCGAAGAUGAUGGUUCGGCAGAUGACGAUGGCUCAGCUGACGAUGAGGAUGGUUCAGCGCUGGAUGUCACGGCUGAAGCUGAAGAUGGUUGCUCAACGCUUGAUGACGAUGGCUCGACACUUGAUGAUGAUGGCUCGACACUUGAUGAUGAUGGCUCGACACUUGAUGAUGAUGGCUCGACACUUGAUGAUGAUGGCUCAGCACUUGAUGAUGAUGGCUCAGCACUUGACGAUGAUGGCUCAGCACUUGACGAUGGCUCAGCUGAUGAGGAUGGCUCAGCACUGGAUGUCACGGCAGAUGAAGAUGGCUCAACGCUUGACGACGAUGGCUCGACACUUGAUGAUGAUGGCUCAGCGCUUGACGACGAUGGCUCGACACUUGAUGAUGAUGGCUCAACACUUGAUGAUGAUGGCUCAGCACUUGACGAUUCAGCUGAAGAUGGUGGCUCAACGCUUGAUGAUGGUGGCUCAACGCUUGAUGACGAUGGCUCAGCACUUGACGAUUCAGCUGAAGAUGGUUGCUCAACGCUUGAUGACGAUGGCUCGACACUUGAUGAAGAUGGCUCAGCACUUGACGAUUCAGCUGAAGAUGGUUGCUCAACGCUUGAUGACGAUGGCUCGACACUUGAUGAUGAUGGCUCGACACUUGAUGAUGAUGGCUCAGCACUUGACGAUGGCUCAGCUGACGAGGAUGGCUCAGCACUGGAUGUCACGGCAGAUGAAGAUGGCUCAACGCUUGACGACGAUGGCUCGACACUUGAUGAUGAUGGCUCAGCGCUUGACGACGAUGGCUCGACACUUGAUGAAGAUGGCUCAGCGCUUGACAAUUCCGCUGAAGAUAAUGGUUCAGCACCAGAUGAUGGCUGA